AUGCCGUCGACUGGCAGCCCAUCAAGGGGAGAAGGCCGAGGACCGACGGGAUUCUGUGCGGACAGCAAUUUGGGGAUCUGGCUGACCGAGACCGGAGGAUGGUUCCAUCCCGGCCUGGUGUUCGGAGCCGGUUCAUCAAUCGCCGAUCAGGGGGAGCGGGCAGGAGCGGCGGCUCGGGACAUGGGACUGUCGGUUUGGGCAGAUGCGCCGAUCAACAAGCACGAUGUCCUUGCCAGCUGCCCCGCCCAAGCGAUCAUCGACCGCAACCACAGCCUCGAUCGGAUUGCGAAACUCGUAGCACGGCUCCGGCACUCGGAUAACGAUAAGAGCCUUCCUGUGUGGCCGGAUCCAGACUCAAUCGACGCCUUCUUUCUUGGAUUCCUCGAUCGGACGGUAGUCAGUUUCUACUUGAUCCUUACCAAACUUUCGCUCAGGUUAAAGAGUCGUCGACCAUCCGCACAAGAGGCGGAAGAGGAUCCGAGUCUAGUCGGCCCGCUCACCGAGCUCUUCUCCUUCCAUGAGGAAUACGUCAGACUUUUACCGGAGGCAGAACAGCUAAUGACGCCGCUAUUUUGGAACGAUGCCGAGCUCGACAGAGUCCGCUCGACCUCCUUGCUUCCUUCGGUCGACCAACAACGCCAACUUUGGACAAGCGAGUACGAGUCUCUAAUUUUGGGCGAGAAGAUUCGCGGUCUGUCGGAUGACUUGCACGCCUUCAUCCGUCAACAUGUCACCUGUCUAGAUUAUUUUUGGGCCAAUACGAUCGUCAACUCUCGCUCGUUUCCAUCCACAUUACUACUGGCCCCCUCCUCAUCCAAUAAUCCCGACCGAGCCCAUUCGCAGCGGCCUUCAUCCGCUGCUCCAAACGAAUCUGCACCCAUUCUUUUGCCUGGUGUUGAUAUUUUCAAUCACAAACGAGGCUCCAAAGUUGAGUGGAGAUCAGUUCCACUUGAUUCUCUUCAUCUCAAGUCCAUCGAGAUCGUCUCCUUGGAAAAUCAGAUCCCUCGUGGUGAACAGGUGUUUAACAACUAUGGACCGAAGUCAACUGGGGAAUUAAUUCUUGGAUACGGGUUUGCAUUAGGAGAGGAAGACUGGAAGAAAAGUGGAGGGGAUCAGGAGGAGACGAUGGUGAUGAAUCCGGACGAUUUUUAUCCGAUCAAGCUGAGUGAGCCGGAGGAGGAACAGGCCUAUUCGCCGUUGAUCAGGGAGAUUUUCAGCCGGUUCAAGCCGGAUGGCCUGUUGCAUCAUGUACGAAGAGAUGGGCAGAUACCAUCACUGUUGAUGGGACAACUAAGGAUCAGUAUGAUUUCUUCGGACGAAGACCUCCUCCUAGCUUCCAAUCGUCUCCAAGAUCAUCUUCUCCUCCCUCCUGAGUCUUUCUUAGACACUUUUCACACGGCCAUGGCCCACAAACUUUCUUGGGAAAAUGAACUUAAUUGCAUCGAUUGUCUCGCCUCCUUGGUCAAGUUCAGACUCAACCAGCUCCUCGACUCCCAUCCUUUUCUUCCGGAUGCCGAUUGGGAUGCUCAAGUCAGAACACCCGUCAAACGGAUGAUUCAAAUCUAUUUAAACGGCCAAGUCCAGAUCCUCAAAGAACUUUUGAAAGUCACAGAGAAUACAUUCCAGAUUGCUAUCGAAAACGCUCGAGCUGAUGGUUUUCACUUCGACUCUGAUGAUGAUGAUUGA